AAUUAAUUAUUUUUCAUUCAUAUGACUAUAGUAUUGAAAAUGAAUUGAUAUAUCAUUUGUGUUAUGGAUUCAAUGGUUGAUUAAUAAAUAUUUAUUGAAUUUAUAUUUGUGUGAAGUAUACAUAUAUAUAAGAAAUUGUAUUUUAAUUCAUAAUUAAUUAGCACUGAAUUGAAGUCAAGAUGGGAUCCAAUCGAAGAUUCUCGUGGCCUUUGGACCUCACGUCAGACGAUACUAAUUGUGAUUAUAAUAGCAAUGACUUAACGAAUGGCAGAUAUAUAGACAUCGACAACAUUAACCUAAUGGUCAGACUCCAGACAUAUGUGGACGAUAUGAUGGGAACAAAAGGAGUUGAGGGACAGGUGUGCGGCAAACACUGCAAUCAAAACUGUCGGCUCCACUGCCGGCGCAACACUUGCCGCACAUCACACCCGACGCCCCUCCAGACACCGCCUAACCUCUCCAUCAAUGGUCUCAUCGCUAGAUAUCAUACAAAUAAUGCAAACAACGACGUCGUCAUCGACAUCAACGACACCACCAAUACUGUCAAUGACUUCAAAGUGCCGAUCGUCAAGAACCUCAUCUCGAAGCUCAAGUCUUCUUCGACAUCGACCUCAUCGGACUCGAGUACCACUUGUUCCUCGUGUAGGGCUCGGCAGUCGAUAUCAUCGAAUAGCAGUUCGGCGUCCAGUAGUUGCACCCGACAUGUGAUCGCUAACCAAAACGUAUUGACCAACAGUUUGGCAUCAGAUAGCAGUGACAGCGAAGUCAUAUCCAGUGUCAGCGACUUCAGCGAUGACCACAACUCAGUGUCACACCAUUCGGAUCUCGUAUUUAAUGAGUUAAUUCUCGGAGAGUUGUCCGAAAUGAGACAAUUGCUCGAAGAGAUACUUCGCAAUCGAGACCAAUUGGGCUCUGAUUUCAAUCAGUCCAACACCGAAGAGUUGUUUAAAUUGUUUGGAUUCUCACUUUCAGAUGUCAAGCAUUUGGUGUUGAAUGAUGGGUCGGGCGGUGACUUCCCAGUGGGCCCCUGGACUUACGCCGAGUGCGGCAUAUGUCUGGAGGUCGGGUGGCUUAACAAACGCCACUGUUGUGACUACUGUGCGUGUAUUCAAUGCCUUCAACAGUAUUACUCGUCGCGUAUAGAGUUGGGCGCCGUUACCAUCGAAUGCAUUAACCCUUUUUGCCACAGUUUUGUCCACAGAGACGAGAUAUCGGCCAGACUUACGCCGCAGAUGAAGGAUGUCUACCACAGACUCCUACUGACGACCAGCAGUCAGUCCGAGCAGACGAAGCCGUGUCCGCAAUGCAACUACUUUUACACGUUAAGCGACGAUCUGUUCAAACAGUAUAAGUCCAAAAUGAAGGACUCCCACAUUUUUAGAGUCCAGUGCACAGAAUGUCAAUUCUUCUGGUGCUUCAAAUGUCACAGCCCUUGGCAUUCAGAGUUGAGUUGCAAACAGUAUAGGAAAGGGGAUCGACUGCUGAAGACAUGGGCUAAGGAGACAAAUCAUGGACAGGUCAACGCUCAGAAGUGUCCGCGUUGUGCGAUAUAUAUCCAGCGGACCAGUGGUUGCGAUCACAUGCACUGCACCCGAUGUAAGACCGACUUCUGUUACAAAUGUGGCGAUCGGUUGAGGCGUUUGAAGUUCUUUGGCGACCAUUACUCAAAGUUAAGCAUUUUUGGCUGCAAAUACCGGUACAAAGCCAACCAACCCAUGCAACGCAAACUCAUUCGCGGCGCCGUCUUCGCCAGCAAACUCAUGUUAGUCCCCAUUCUGGGCUCACUUGCCGUCUGUGCCGGCGCUGUCGUACUGGUGCUCGGAGUGGCCGCACUGCCCCUCUAUGGCGCCGUCAAAAUCUAUCGCAAAUAUAGGAAUAAAAAGACUUUGAAGAAUAUUCGACAACAAGUGGUGGUGAUAUACCGGUAUGAUACUAAUAGUAAGAAAAUUCAAACACCGGUCGAAUGGGAGCCGGAACCGAAUAGUGAAGGACUGGUCGUCAUGAGUGUGGAAACACAACCAUCCGAUGGUCACAAUGAAGAUCGCAAUCAGUCCACGAAAAUGACUCAAAUUACGACAGAAAAGGAGUCACGGAAUGUAGUACUCAUGAGUUCGGCACCGGGAGAAUCCAUUCAUACAGAAGUGGCUACUAUUGGCGCAAUGAACUCUUGCCGUAAAAGAAAAUCAGACGACAAAAAGGGCGAAGUGAACGCUAAAAGUGCCAAAAAAUGAUGACAAAUAUCUUUGUUUUUAGUAUUGUUAAAGAAGUCUUCGAAGAAUAUGAUUAGUCUUUUUCAAUAGAUUUUAGGGAUCCAAUACUCACUAAAUCAUAAGAUUUUUAUUUAUCGAUAAAUGAUUUGUAUAUAUUAAGAAAUUUAAUUAGAAAUAGUACCCGGU